ACCGAGACGGGGCGCUCCAGAGACUACAUCUUCCUACUCUUCGGGUCCACUCCUGGGCUCUCCCAGUGACUCUGGCUGUGGCCGCGCGCGCCUGCCAGCCGGCCGACGCCGAGGACAGGCCGGUGACUGGGAGCACGUGGGCAGCCAGCUCGCGUGGCGGAGCGCGCGCCUGUCACCCCGCGCUGAGCGCCCCAGCCCCGCAGGAGGCGGCCACGCGGUGUCUUGGUACCGCAGAUAUGAAGAAAACACUGCAGGAUGAGAUUGAAGCCAUACUGCGGGAGAGGAUUAUGGUGCUAGAUGGAGGGAUGGGGACCAUGAUCCAGCGGUACAAGCUAAAUGAAGAGUACUUUCGUGGUCAAGAAUUUAAAGAUCACGUCAGACCACUGAAAGGCAACAAUGACAUUUUAAGUAUAACUCAACCUGACAUCAUUUACCGAAUCCAUAAGGAAUACUUGCAGGCUGGGGCAGAUAUCAUUGAAACAAAUACUUUUAGCAGCACUAGUGUUGCCCAAGCUGACUAUGGCCUUGAACACUUGGCCUAUCGGAUGAACAAGUGCUCUGCAGCACUGGCCAAAAAAGCUGCCGAGGAGGUGACUUUCCACACAGGAGUUAAGAGGUUUGUGGCAGGAGCUCUGGGUCCAACCAAUAAGACACUGUCUGUGUCCCCAUCUGUGGAAAGACCAGAUUACAGAAACAUCACAUUUGAUGAGCUUGUUGAAGCAUACCAAGAGCAGGCCAAAGGACUUCUAGAUGGCGGGGUUGAUAUCUUACUAAUUGAAACUAUUUUUGAUACUGCCAAUGCCAAGGCAGCCUUAUUUGCACUGCAGACACUCUUUGAAGAGAAAUAUGCUCCCCGGCCUAUCUUUAUUUCAGGGACAAUUGUUGAUAAAAGUGGGCGGACUCUUUCUGGACAGACAAGCGAGGCAUUUGUCAUCAGUGUGUCUCAUGCAGACCCACUCUGCAUUGGAUUAAAUUGUGCUCUGGGUGCAACUGAGAUGAGACCUUUUAUUGAAACUAUUGGAAAAUGUACGACAGCCUAUGUGCUUUGUUAUCCCAAUGCAGGUCUUCCCAAUACCUUUGGCGACUAUGAUGAAUCUCCUCACAUGAUGGCCGUGAACAUAAAGGACUUUGCUGUGGAUGGCUUGGUCAAUAUAGUUGGUGGAUGCUGUGGUACAACACCAGAUCAUAUCAGGGAAAUUGCUGAAGCUGUGAAAAAUUGUAAGCCUAGGGUUCCACCUGCCACUGUUUUUGAAGGGCAUAUGUUACUGUCUGGUCUAGAGCCCUUCAGGAUUGGAGCGUACACCAACUUUGUUAACAUUGGAGAGCGCUGUAACGUUGCAGGAUCAAGGAAGUUUGCUAAACUCAUCAUGGCAGGAAACUAUGAAGAAGCACUGAGUGUUGCCAAAGUGCAGGUGGAAAUGGGAGCCCAGGUGCUGGAUAUCAACAUGGAUGAAGGCAUGCUAGACGGCCCAAGUGCAAUGACCAGAUUUUGCAACUUCAUUGCUUCCGAGCCAGACAUUGCCAAGGUGCCCCUGUGCAUCGACUCUUCCAAUUUUGCUGUGAUUGAAGCUGGGUUAAAGUGCUGCCAAGGAAAGUGCAUUGUCAAUAGCAUUAGUCUGAAGGAGGGAGAGGAUGACUUCUUGGAAAAGGCCAGCAAGAUUAAGAAAUAUGGAGCUGCUGUGGUGGUCAUGGCUUUUGAUGAAGAAGGCCAGGCAACAGAAAUAGACACCAAAAUCAAAGUGUGCACCCGAGCCUACCAUCUACUUGUGAAGAAACUGGGCUUUAAUCCAUAUGACAUCAUCUUUGACCCCAAUAUCCUCACCAUUGGUACUGGGAUGGAAGAACACAACUUGUAUGCUGUUAAUUUUAUCUAUGCAACAAAAGUCAUUAAAGAAACAUUACCUGGAGCCAAAAUAAGUGGAGGUCUUUCGAACUUGUCUUUCUCCUUUCGAGGAAUGGAAGCCAUUCGAGAAGCAAUGCAUGGAGUUUUCCUGUACCAUGCAAUCAAGUUUGGUAUGGACAUGGGGAUAGUGAAUGCUGGAAACCUCCCUGUAUAUGAUGAUAUCCAUAAGGAACUUCUCCAGCUCUGUGAAGAUCUCAUCUGGAAUAAAGACCCCGAGGCGACCGAGAAGCUCUUACGUUAUGCCCAGACUCAUGGAAAAGGAGGGAAAAAAGUCAUUCAGACAGACGAGUGGAGGAAUGGCCCCAUUGAAGAACGCCUCGAGUAUGCCCUUGUCAAGGGCAUUGAAAAACAUAUUAUUGAGGAUACUGAGGAAGCCAGAUUAAACCAGGACAAAUAUCCUCGACCUCUGAAUAUAAUUGAAGGGCCCCUGAUGAAUGGCAUGAAAGUUGUUGGUGAUCUUUUUGGAGCUGGAAAAAUGUUUCUACCUCAGGUUAUAAAGUCAGCUCGGGUCAUGAAGAAGGCCGUUGGCCACCUUAUUCCCUUCAUGGAAAAAGAAAGAGAAGAAACCAGAGGGCUUACUGGUGCAGUAGAAGAAGAGGAUCCUUACCAUGGCACCAUUGUGUUGGCCACUGUUAAAGGCGAUGUGCACGACAUAGGCAAGAACAUAGUUGGAGUAGUCCUUGGCUGCAAUAAUUUCAGGGUUAUUGAUUUAGGAGUCAUGACUCCCUGCGAUAAGAUACUGAAAGCUGCUCUUGACCACAAAGCAGAUAUAAUUGGCCUGUCAGGACUUAUCACUCCUUCCUUGGAUGAAAUGAUUUUUGUUGCCAAGGAAAUGGAAAGAUUAGCUAUAAAGAUUCCACUGUUGAUUGGAGGAGCAACCACUUCCAGAACCCACACAGCAGUUAAAAUAGCUCCAAGAUACAGUGCCCCUGUAAUCCACGUGCUGGAUGCAUCCAAGAGUGUGGUGGUGUGUUCUCAACUAUUAGAUGAAAAUCUGAAGGAUGAGUACUUUGAGGAAAUCAUGGAGGAAUAUGAAGAUAUUAGACAAGACCAUUAUGAGUCUCUUAAGGAGAGAAGAUACUUAACUUUAAGUCAAGCCAGAAAAAAUGGUCUCCAUAUUGAUUGGCUGUCAGAGCCUCACCCAGCGAAGCCCACAUUUCUCGGGACGCGAGUCUUUGAAGACUAUGACCUGCAGAAGCUGGUGGACUACAUUGACUGGAAGCCUUUCUUUGACGUCUGGCAACUCCGGGGAAAAUACCCUAACCGAGGCUUCCCCAAGAUAUUUAACGACAAAACAGUAGGUGAAGAGGCCAAAAAAGUCUAUGGUGAUGCCCAAAAUAUGCUGAAAGCCCUGAUUAGUCAAAAGAAACUCCAAGCCCGGGGCGUGGUUGGGUUUUGGCCAGCGCAGAGUGUGCAGGACGACAUCCAUGUGUACGCAGCGGACGCGGUGCCCCAGGCUGCAGAGCCCAUAGCCACCUUCUACGGGCUGCGGCAACAGGCUGAGAAGGACUCUGCCAGCACAGACCCGCACUACUGCCUCUCGGACUUCAUUGCCCCCCUGGAGUCCGGCAUCCGGGACUACCUGGGCCUGUUUGCCGUUGCCUGCUUUGGGGUUGAAAAGCUGAGCAGGGCCUAUGAGGAGGAGUGUGACGACUACAGCAGCAUCAUGGUCAAGGCGCUGGGGGACCGGCUGGCAGAGGCCUUUGCAGAGGAGCUCCAUGAAAGGGUCCGCAAAGAGCUGUGGGCUUACUGUGGCAGCGAGCAUCUGGACAUGGCUGGCCUGCGGAGUCUGCGCUACGAGGGCAUCCGGCCCGCGCCUGGCUACCCCAGCCAGCCUGACCACACCGAGAAGCUCACCAUGUGGAGACUCGCUGACAUCGAGCCCUCCACAGGCAUUAGGUUAACGGAAUCACUAGCAAUGGCACCUGCCUCAGCAGUAUCAGGCCUCUACUUCUCCAAUUUGAAGUCCAAAUACUUUGCUGUGGGGAAAAUUUCCAAGGAUCAGGUUGAAGAUUAUGCUCUGAGGAAGAACAUGUCUGUGGCUGAGGUUGAGAAGUGGCUUGGACCCAUUUUGGGAUAUGAUACAGACUAACUUUAUUUUUACCUUUUCUAUACUUGGUGAUCCUCAAGGAAACAUAAUCCAGAGUGCCUUAAAAACAGCAACAGCAACUAACCCAUUGACAUCUGCCUAAUACCUGCCCGGCUUCAAGUUUUGGAGCGCUGCUUGCUGGAGCCCUUAGAGGGCUGGGUGUGCCUACGGCGCCUGGAACCACGCUGCCGUUCUGUAGGGGCCUUGAGUGAAAGCAGCGAGCAGCGCUCUGAAGGCAGCUCUGGUCCCUCAGGACUGGGACAGGCUGGAGGUAGAGGCCUUUUGCAUUUCAAAGCAAGUCACCUUGCUUUUUUUCAAUUUUUACUUUAGAUCUAGGAGGCCACUUAUUCCUUUAAUUUUCUUUCUCUUAGAAAAAAAAGCCUGAAGCUCAGUUGAAUAGAGAAGUAUAUAGAGAAAUUUGACCCUGUGGCAAAAUGAUGCUGUGAGAAAUGAUGCAUUUUGAUCUAAAUGGUUACAGCAUAGACUCUGACAGGGAAGAAAGUAUAGCUGCUGCUCUCUCCCCAGAAGACCUCAUUUUCUAAAGCCUCCAGUAAAUGGUUGCAGAACCUUCUUUGGCAAAAGGCACGCUCUUACCACUUGCUUGUCAAAAAUUCUCAAGCUGUUUGCACCAGUGUGGUCAAGUACAGUGAUUUUCUGCAAGCAUUUUUGUCCCAUAAUUUCAUAUUCCCUCACCCCCAUCUCACCCCCCCCCAAAAAA